UAAAGAUGGCGACAACACUUCCUGUUGAGGGCUUUCGCCUUCAACAAAGAUGGUGGUUAUGGUACAGGUUACCUAGCAGUCUGGAUUCCGGUUGCGGUUUCUUUCUUUCUCUCUCUCUUUUUUUUUUUAAAUAUACGUGUUUGCAGACGGAGAAAUGGAGGCUAGAGACAAGCAAGUGCUUCGCUCCCUUCGGCUGGAGCUGGGCGCCGAGGUCCUGGUGGAGGGACUGGUUCUUCAGUAUCUUUACCAGGAAGGGGUCUUGACAGAAAACCACGUUCAAGAAAUAAAAGCUCAAGCCACAGGCCUCCGGAAAACAAUGCUGCUGCUGGAUAUCCUACCUUCCAGAGGUCCUAAAGCAUUUGAUGCGUUCCUAGAUUCCCUGCAGGAGUUUCCCUGGGUUAGGGAGAAGCUGGAGAAGGCAAGGGAAGAAGCUGUAACUGAGCUGCCUUCAGAUGACCAGAUGACUGGCAUCCCUCCACACAUCCUCAACAGCUCCCCAUCAGACCGGCAGAUCAACCAGCUGGCGCAGAGGCUGGGCCCCGAGUGGGAGCCUGUGGUGCUGUCUCUGGGCCUGUCCCAGACGGAUAUCUACCGCUGUAAGGCCAACCACCCCCACAACGUGCAGUCACAGAUGGUGGAGGCCUUCAUUCGCUGGCGUCAGCGCAAUGGGAAGCAGGCCACCUUCCGGAGCCUGCACAGAGGCCUCCAGGCCGUGGAGGUGGACCCCUCAGUGCUCCAGCACAUGUUGGAAUGAUGGGGUCUCCCGGCACCAUCCCAUGGGGGAGUGUGUCCCCAAGUUGCAUGGGCGGAAUCCUGACUUUCUCCCAGGGCAGGUAGUUUCUGGGCUUUCCAGGGGUGGGGGUAGGAGUGGGG